UAGGCGGGAAACUACGGGUAAACAGACGGUUCCUUUGUUCUCCGUUCGUUCGUUAUGUAAGUCGUACACUAUGGAUAUUGCAGAAGAAGGUUCACCCAAAUAUUGGAUCGUAAAGUUUCCAGAAGAACGAAAUUCUAUUGCCAUCGUACAUGCUACCUGGAUGCAGAAUGGCAAAUGCGCUUGGCCUAAUGAGAAGGACCCAAGACGUCUGCAGCAAAUAACUAUGAAAGGCCUGAAGCCACAGAGCAGCUGGUUGACGUAUGACUGCACUCGGGUUUUUGCUUUUGACACAUAUGAUGCCGCAAGAAGAAAGCUGGCACAAGCAGAGGAUACGUCAGACCUGUGUAGCGAGAACGAAUUAGGUAGAGGGAAAAGAAAGAAAAAGCGCAAAGUACAGAGUGAAGAGGAGGUAGAAGACAACCAAUUGCCUGCAUUUUACCCAGAUGAACUGAGCAACAGCUCUGGGGAUGAAGUCUGUACGCCAACACCACGUUCACUUCCAACGCCACCACAGAGACCACCAACACCACCUCGCUCUGCAUUCUUUGCUACAAGCUCCAAAGGACCUGCGCAUGGAAGUGGGAAUUUCAGCGGACACACUGCGACCCCUGGCAGCACCUACGGCAAUGACGGUGCAUUUCCGUCACAGAGUACAAGUCUUCAGAUGCACGGUAUGUAUCCACAGAUGGGCCCAAGUGCUACAAAGGUGACAACAAACCACCAGUAUGUCCCACGUCAGGGAAGGCUGUACCAGGAUUUGCAAGAGCGGCGACAUCGCAGAUGUGAAGUAGCACAGCAACAGCCCGCAUCACGAAAUGUGCACCCAUCCUCCGCUGCUUGCAGUUUUUCACAUCAAAAGGAACUCCACCUCCUCUACACGUUCUUACGUUUUGAGGAGGAACUGAAAGAAAGCUCUGAGAAGAGGAAUCGGCUAAAACUAUUCAUGAAGUUUGUCGGUGGUGCCACUGUGGGGGAGCGUACGUUUAGAAUUUUGUCACGACUGCUGUCCCCUGCCGUCGGUAAGGAGUUCAGCCUUCAUGGAACAAAAGGAAAGCUGAAGUUCAGUGACCUACAAACCUGGAGGGUGUUGUGCUAUUCCUUGGCACCUGAAGACCAAGCAAAGGUUUCAAGCAAGGGAACCCUUAAAGAAAUCGAGAAGGCUACACAGUCAUGGCUGCGUCAUGCACCAGAGUCUCACAGAAGGCAGCAGGCAAGACAAGCUGCGGAAAACGCAGAUAGCUUGUGAUACCAUAACCUAAGAACUUUUUUGCAAA